CGAGGCUAGGAGGUUUCAUGAUGGGCUGCGAAUCGAUUCAGCUCGAUUUAGGAACUCUUUCAUUUUCCUUUUCCUGGUAUAACUGAGGCUUCAGGAGCUUGAGAGUGACAUUUAAGUGGUACGUUGAAAUUCAACCAGGAUGGGGCGAGGAAGGAGAACGAAGCAAGCUUUGGUGACAAGUGUGGCGAAAUCCUUCAUUCGAUUCCUUGAGGAAAAUGACUUAAAGCACGAAAUGGCUAAGUCCGAUUUGAAGGAAAUAUAUGAGUCACGAUUUCGCCCUUCGAGCAAUGAGUUGAGUGUUUGUUUCUCGAGAGUACUUUCCACAAUCAAGGUUCGCCUGAAUCUGUGUCAGGUAGUCCGAGGUCGCGUAAUUUUUGGCGACGGAGAGACUGCAGCAAUUCGAAUGCUCGAUUCCGACGAAUCAACUUCCGAAGAGGAAGGGAGAGAUGACAUGGAGGCGAACCUUCGCUGCACGACUUGCAAGAUAGAUUUUCAAACUGAUGCUCUCCUCAAAAAUCAUUUGGCAUCGGGCAGUCACCGUCAGCAGAGUGUCUUGCGAACGAUUCGACAAUCAGUAGAAAAGCCAGACCUUGUUAAGAAUAAAAAAGGAAUAAUGGUCACCUCUGUGCCACCAGGUAACGAAAAUGGUGUCAUUGAAUCAAAGGUUCAAAGAAACAAGAAAGAACAAAUUACUUUGAUAGUGGAAAACAUUGGAACCGAGGAAGUUGAAUUGGAGGGCAUAACUCUUUUAUGGAAGGUGGAUUUCUUUAACUGCUCAGACUUCUCAAGAAUUGGGUUAAACGGGGAAACUCUUAGCGCAGGUGGACAGACUUCAUUCACAAUUGGUUUCAAAAAUCGACGCGAAUAUGGCUAUUCAUAUGUACCAGUUGUGUUCAUAUUCGAAGAGAAGAAUGGUUCGAAAUUCCACAUUUUGAGAUUUUUAGCCGUACACAUUGUCAGCGACCUGCAUGAUGCCCUGAAGCCGACAGCACCAUAUAAAGCCCCUCGCAGAGCAUUUAAAGUUCCACUUGACGUCGAAACUACACCAGGCCUGAAACUCCCUCCGCUGAAGCGAGAUUGCCUUGUUAUGGAGAAGUUGGAACGUUAUGACAUUCCUCCUACCGUCAUUGCUCAACAAGAUCGAAAGGGAAUCAGGGAAAGGCUAGAAAAACCGCUAACGUUUGACACCUACAAGGAAAAGUUUCGGCUCCUUCUCCAAUUAGAAGAAAUUCAAAUGCGAAAUGACAUCAGGCACUACGACAUGAAAGAGGUAGAAUUCGAACAAGACAGAGAUGACAGAAGGUUGCUUAUACUGGAG